GAUUUUAUGGAAGGCCGUGGGUUAUGGAGCAGAGGAAAGAACUUUUUAGAAGACUUCAGAAGUGGGGACUAAAUACAUACCUGUAUGCUCCAAAGGAUGACUAUAAGCACAGGAUGUUCUGGCGAGAAAUGUACUCUGUGGAGGAAGCAGAGCAGCUGAUGACUCUCAUAUCCGCUGCACGAGAACAUGAAAUAGAGUUCAUCUAUGCAAUCUCGCCUGGACUUGACAUCACUUUCUCCAACCCUAAAGAGGUAUCCACAUUGAAACGCAAGCUGGACCAGGUUUCCCAGUUCGGCUGCAGAUCUUUUGCACUGCUGUUUGAUGAUAUAGAUCACAACAUGUGUGCAGCAGACAAAGAAGUUUUCAGUUCCUUUGCUCAUGCUCAAGUCUCCAUCACAAAUGAAAUUUACCAAUAUUUAGGAGAACCAGACACAUUCCUUUUCUGUCCUACAGAGUACUGUGGAACUUUCUGUUACCCAAAUGUUGCCCAGUCGCCGUAUUUACGGACUGUAGGAGAAAAGCUGCUCCCUGGCAUUGAGGUGUUAUGGACAGGUCCAAAAGUUGUAUCCAAAGACAUUCCAGUAGAAUCCAUCGAAGAAGUUUCUAAGAUCAUCAGGAGAGCACCAGUUAUCUGGGAUAACAUUCAUGCUAAUGAUUAUGAUCAAAAGAGGCUUUUUCUUGGGCCUUACAAAGGUCGGUCAACUGAACUCAUCCCACGACUGAAGGGAGUUCUGACCAAUCCAAACUGUGAAUUUGAAGCCAAUUAUGUUGCUAUUCACACGCUUGCAACCUGGUACAAGUCUAACAUGAAUGGAGUGAGAAAAGAUGUGGUGAUGACUGAUACUGAAGACAGUACAGUUUCUAUCCAGAUUAAAUUGGAAAAUGAGGGGAGCGAUGAAGAUAUUGAAACAGAUGUUCUCUACAGCCCUCAAAUGGCCCUGAAGCUGGCCUUAACGGAAUGGUUGCAGGAGUUUGGGGUACCUCAGCAAUACAGCAGUAGGCAAGUGGCCCACAGUGGUGCUAAAACCACAGUAGGGGAUGUAGGGCCUCUGGUGGCACCAUCCUCUUUGAACGCAGCGACCGUGGUUACCACAGUUUACCAAGAACCCAUCAUGAGUCAGGGUGCGGCGCUGAGCAGCGAGGCACCAGUCUUGGUAAAGGAGGAGGAGAAGAAGCAGUCUGAUGAGGAACCAAUGGACAUGGUGGUGGAAAAGCAAGACGACGCAGACAAGAAUGCUAACCAGAUACUGACAGACAUUGCUGAAGCCAAGAUGGCAGAGGAGUUGAAGCCGAUGGAUACCGAUAAGGAGAGCAUCGCUGAAUCAAAGUCCCCUGAGAUGUCUAUGCAGGAAGACUGUGGUAGUGACAUUGCCCCUAUGCAGACUGACGAGCAGGUUAACAAAGAACAGUUUGUGCCUGGGCCAAAUGAAAAGCCUCUCUACACAGUAGAACCAGUGACUUUAGAGGACUUGCAGCUUCUUGCUGACUUGUUUUACCUUCCUUAUGAACAUGGGCCCAAAGGUGCACAGAUGCUGAGGGAAUUCCAGUGGCUCAGAGCAAAUAGCAGUGUUGUCAGUGUUAAUUGCAAAGGAAAGGAUGCUGAAAAAAUAGAAGAAUGGCGUAACCGAGCAGCCAAGUUUGAAGAGAUGUGCAGUUUGGUGAUGGGGAUGUUCACCCGCCUCUCCAAUUGCGCCAACAGGACAAUCCUUUAUGACAUGUACUCCUACGUCUGGGAUAUCAAGAGUAUUAUGUCAAUGGUGAAAUCUUUUGUGCAGUGGUUAGGGUGUCGUAGUCAAUCUUCAGCACAGUUCUUAAGUGGAGACCAAGAACCCUGGGCCUUUAGAGGUGGUCUAGCAGGAGAGUUCCAGCGUUUGCUGCCUAUCGAUGGGGCAAAUGACCUCUUUUUUCAACCGCCUCCGUUAACGCCCACUUCCAAAGUGUACACCAUACGACCCUACUUCCCUAAAGAUGAGGCAUCUGUCUAUAAGAUCUGCAGAGAAAUGUAUGCUGAUGGAGCCGAUCAACCCUUCCAUAGCUUACCAGAUCUAAUUGGAGACAAGUUAGUAGGAGGUCUGCUUACCCUCAGCCUGGAUUACUGCUUCGUCUUAGAAGAUGAAGAUGGCAUAUGUGGCUAUGCUUUGGGAACGGUUGAUGUGACCCCUUUCAUCAAAAAAUGCAAGAUGUCUUGGAUCCCUUUCAUGCAGGAAAAAUACACUAAACCAAAUAGUGACAAGGAGCUGUCUGAGGCAGAGAAAAUCAUGCUGAGCUUCCAUGAAGAGCAAGAAGUGUUGCCAGAAUCGUUUCUUGCCAACUUCCCAUCGUUGAUAAAGAUUGAUAUUCACAAAAAAGUGACAGACCCAAGCGUGGCCAAAAGUAUGAUGGCCUGCCUGCUUUCUUCUCUAAAGGCUAAUGGCUCACGUGGGGCUUUUUGUGAAGUGAGACCAGAUGAUAAAAGAAUCCUGGAAUUUUACAGCAAGCUGGGUUGUUUUGAAAUUGCUAAAAUGGAAGGAUUUCCAAAGGAUGUUGUUAUCCUUGGAAGAAGCCUGUGAAGUGCUUGACAGUGACCUGUUCCAGUACUGUAGUCCCUUAACAGCCGGGCAGGUAGUGGUGGGGAUCUUCAUAUGGUCUAGCUGCACAAAGCCAGCAACAAGCCAGCUUGGUAGAAGGGGCUAUGCGAAAAUCACCCAUCACACAUCCAGACUGUCAUUUCUUGGAAGAGGAUAAUGCUGCUGAAAACACUGUUUGUAAGAGAAAUCUUGUCCUCUCCUGGUCCUGUGUGAAGUGCCAAGGAUUCAUGCAUGGGCUCUAGCUUCCCGGAGGAAUCCCUCUCAAUCGGUGCUGCGGUUGACGGCGGCUCUCUGC